AUGGCGCUGGUCAAAAUGGGAAACUCGGCCAAGAGUUAUGGAGAGUCUCUGAGCUCAGCUGUAGCCAAAAAUGUGAUUGCUGUGGCUCUUGGCCUUAUCAUCAACUACAUCAAUGGCACACUGAUUAACACCUUCAGAAAACACCAGCAAACAGUGACGCUGACUGAUUUUCUUUUCUUUCAGAUAUUUUACCUGAAUCCUCGUUACAUCCUCUUCAUCCACCUGGUCUUGAACGAUAUGUUGCAGCUCACUGUAACGAUCAGCCUGUUAGUCUUUAGUUAUUUCUUCUACAAAAUUAAUGCCUCCUUCUGUUGCCUCCUCAUUACUUUUGCCGUUUUCACCACAUUCAACACUCCUUUAAAUUUAGCUGUAAUGGCAGUGGAGUGCUACAUCGCCAUUAGUUUACCACUGCGACACGCCGAUUUCUGCACAAUCAAAAGAACAUACAUUCUGAUUGGUUGGAUUUGGGCCAUGAGUGCAGUUUCGACGCUGCCGGAUGUGUUUAUUGUUAUGGCAACCGAGCCUGCGCGGUUAUUCCAUUCCACUAUUUUUUGUGAGCGGGAUAACCUGUUCCGACACCCUAUAAGUUUAAAAAAGAGGGAUGUUUCCUAUAUAAUUUCCCUAAUUGGUGUUUGGCUCACUAUCUUCUACACGUACUUUAAGAUCUUCUUUGCUGCUAAAGCUGCUAAAGAGGAUGGAGAUGCAACAAAGGCCAGGAAUACAAUCCUGCUUCAUGGCUUUCAGCUACUGCUGUGUAUGCUGACUUAUAUAGGUCAUAUUGUAAGAAAGAAAAAUUAUGCUCAUGCAACCUUUGUUAGUUAUAUCUUCAUCCAGGUACUGCCAAGGUUUAUUAGUCCUAUCGUGUACGGGCUACGAGACAAGACAUUUAGACAUCACUUGAAAAAGCAUCUGCUGUGUACAGUCAGAACAAGCAUCAAACCCUGGACAAGAGCAAAGUUCAUGUUGCUGUGCUAAAUAACCAACAAGAACGAUUUUAAAUAAAGAUUUCAAGGUAUGAAUGGCACUAAGAAUGAAAACAAUCUGACCCUUUCAUGGAAUCAUUAAUUAACAAACUUUAAAUAAUUGGUUAUUUAACCAAUUCAAGCAUGAACCACAGACUGCAGGCUUCUGCAGCAGAAUUAACUACUUAUGUGAUUAGGCCUGUCACUAUAAUCAGAUUAUCGACUCGUCAUACGACAUUAAUAUGUGUGUUUGUUGACAUAAGAAUGAAUGUUAACAAGUCUUGCUGCUUCUAUCCUCUCAUCUGUUCUCGUCACAUGAUAAAUAAAUUACGGGUUUAUAAUUACUUUGGUCUAUAAAAUGUCAGAAAAUAGGGAUUUCUUUGUUUUUUGUUAAAGGCACCGUGUCUUCAAAUUGCUGGUUUUGUCUGUGGACUUAUCGCUAAUCUAAACUUUGGGUAACAUUUCUCACAGCAGCAACACAAAUUGUGUAGGACUUUCACACCCAAUGACCAAUAGGCCUUUACUGCAAGCUUACAUGAUUCAGUCUCAAAACAUGUCCUUGAAAUUAUGAUAAUAUUGUUUAUCGCAAGUAGUUAAGGUGACAGGCCUUCAU